AGUGUUUCUCCGUCCCGGUUGCGAUCUAAUAAUAGAAGAGGCAGGCUGCUCCUUUAAGUCCCUCCUUGUUGCUUCUUUUCUACAAAAUAAAGCCACAAAAUGGUUAUCAAAGUCUUCCUCGCCUCUUCCUCAGGAUCCACAGCGAUCAAGAAGAAGCAGCAAGAUGUGGUGGGCUUCUUGGAGGCUCUCAAAGUGGAUUACACCGAGCUGGACAUCGCCUGCAAUGAGGAGAACCGCAUGUGGAUGAGGCAGAACGUCCCAGAGGAGAAGAAGCCUGCUAACGGCAUCCCUCUGCCUCCACAGAUUUUCAAUGAAGACAGCUACUGUGGGGAUUACGACACAUUCUUUGAUGCCAAGGAGGACAACUCAGUUCACGCCUUCCUAGGGUUGCCCCCUCCUCCUGGAUCAAAGCAGGCACAAGAAGAAGAGGAUGAAGAACAAGAGGAAGAAGAGCUGCAACAACUUGAGGAGGAAGAGGCUGAAUAGUUUAAAGUGGGGCGACAAUGGUGGCCAACAGUUCAGCCUGAAGGAGCCAUAAUGUUCCAUCUCUCCCUGACCCCUGCCCCACCCCUACACACUCUUAAGGCCUCGUUGGACAGCGUCUCACCACUGGACUUCUCUGGAAACCAGUAGUUCAAAACUGGCCUAACCCACUUUUGACUGCAACGUUGACUUAAUUGUUACAUCUAACGUGUAGAGACAUGCUGUAAUCAAAAAAUGUGCAGAGUAGGCAGAGGGUAUUUGUUAUAAGUAGCUUUUGUAAAAGGCAGUUUUGUUGAACUCAGGCAGAUUUUUCAUUUUUGUUUCUUUUAAAAUUCUUAUUUAUUAACCUUUAAAAAAAAAAUAAGAAAAAAAAGGCACAUUUAGUUUGUGGCUCCUGGAUUUAUAAUUCACCUGCAUCUCAUUUGUGCCUUGCUUCCUCUUUUUAUCCACUGAAUGCCAACCGAUACUUUUGAACUUUAAAUGAAGAACAAAUGCACACUUCUCCACCAGAACAAGAACUUCUGCCAAUACUGCAAACUGAUAAUGCACUUGUUGUACAAAGACUGAAACACUGACCUAAAAUAUGGAUGUGUUGGUAAAAUAAAGCAGAUUGAAUAAAAAAAA